GAUGCUUUCUAAGAUACUUUUGUUGGGCGAUUCUGGUUUGGGCAAGAGCACUCUGCUACAACGUUUUAUGGCCGGACAAUUCACGGCCAAAUACCAUAGCUCCGUGGGAGUCGAGGUGGGAAUGCACUACAUUGAGGUGGCCGGGCAGGUUGUUCAGCUACUCAUCUGGAAUGCGUCCGGGGAGAAGCGUUUCCGACCACUGCUGCCCAGCUACUACCGUGAAGUGCAGGGCAUUAUGCUCGUCUAUGACACCACAAGUCCAUCCAGUUUCCAAAGCUUGCAGUGCUGGCUGGAUGAGAUCGACAGGUAGAGCAAACGGGA